AUGGGGCCGGUAAAUACGAAGGGAUCGGGCACAGCGAUGCUGAACUAUACAGGCGAGGGAUAUGACUUUGAGAUAUACCUGUACAACGUAUACGGCGUCAAGAACAUAGAGCUGCACGUUGCAGCGCCAGGAACACACGGUGAUGUGGUUGCGUUCUUCUACGCUGCUCCUUUUCAAAACGCGACACAGGUAACAAAUGGCCUAGCUGCGAAGGGGACGCUGAUGGGGCACGAUUUCCUUGGGCCUCUACUGCUACCUCUGGCCCAGCAUCUGCCCGCAUCAUUCUUGGAGGAGAGGUACGUGUCCACAGGGAACGCCGUUGUGGUGGUGCACACUCUGGCCAAUGAGGGCGGCGAGCUCGGCGCAUGGCUACCGGCAUCAAAGGCGCCGGCGCCGAUGGCCGACAUGCACAUGCACAUGCCAGGUGCCGACGGUAUGGUGGCGAGUGCGUCUGUUGCCCCGGCACCUGCCGACAGCAUGGCUGGCAUGGACAUGAGCAUGGGAGACAUGCACAUGCACGGGUAG